AUGGAGCAAAGAAUGAACAUUAAAUUUUGCUUCAAAUUGGACAAGACAGCUGCGGAAACCUACGAAAUGUUAAAAAAAGUUUACGGCGAGGAAGCGUUAUUCCGCUCAAGAACUUAUGAAUGGUUUGAACACUUUCGAGACGGGUGCGAAAGCGUCGAAGAUGAUCCACACACAGGUCGGCCGCAGUCCGUACACACGCCGGAAGUAAUUGAAAAAGUUCGCGAUUUGGUGAAAUGUGAUCGUCGAUUGACUUUUCGAGUAAUCGCCAAUGAAUUGAACAUGGACAAAAAGAUAGUUCGGCGAACUUUAACGCAAGACCUAGGCAAACGCAAGAUUUGUUCCAGAUUCGUUCCUCACCAUUUAAGGGACGAACAAAAGCAACUGAGACCGGACGCAUGUGGUGAACUAAUCGACAACGCUGAUGCUGACCCUGCGUUCCUGGAUAGGAUAGUCACGGGAGACGAGUCUUGGUGUUAUCAGUAUGACCCUGAAACCAAGCGUCAAAGCUCCGAAUGGCAGUCUCCAAGUUCACCAAGGCAGAAAAAAUUUCGAUUUGAAAAGUCCAAAAUCAAGGUCAUGUUAAUCGCUUUCUUCGAUUGCGAUGGACUCAUUCAUGAUGAAUUUCUUCCUCCUAACAUGACUAUCAAUGGACAGUUCUACACAUACUUCGUUCGAAAACGAAUUCGUAGAGUGAAGCCGCAUUUUCAACAAAAUGGGAGUUGA